AAAAUGGAUGGGGGUAAAUUACUCCUAACUCGUUUUUCCAAUCAGUGCUCGGUGUUUGUACAUAUGUGGAAUAUGAGAUGAAAAUGGAAUGGUUUCGACGAAAAUUUUGAGUACUCAUGUAGCUAGAGAACUUUGGAAUACUCAUGGCUUAGGUAUUUCAGCAAAUCCAAAGAAUUCCUAUCUGAUAACGCCCUAGAAUUCACUUUGAACGAAUUUAAGAUAUUCUGUGAUACACAUUAAAUACACUCUCGGUUUAUCAUUCUCAGAGCCGAUGUUCCAUUUUCAGAUAAACUAUGUUUUUUUUUUCUAUUGGAGAAUUUAUCUAUUGGAUAAACAAAAGAGUAAAAGAGUAACAGCAUAAAAGAAUAAGAGAGUAAGACAGUGAACUGAAGUUUACCGAAAGAUGGAACAACCCAGUCUUAGUCGGACAGUAAAAACGAAAAAUUUAGAUGCGAGAUCAAAUAACUAAAAUAGCGGGCGGACAAUAUGCAAGACUCGGAGAUUUUCCGUACAUGGUAGUGGUACAUCAAAUCCUAGGUAACGGAAAUGUCGGACAAUGCGGAGGCACAAUCUUAUCAAAAAGAUGGAUUCUCACAGCCGCUCAUUGUGCGGAAAAAUACCCACGAAGAUUUUUGGUAGUUUUUGGUAUCGUUAAUAUCCCUUAUGGAAUAAGAUACGGUACUUAUCAAGGUCCCGGUGGGUCCAUGAUUGCGACUCAAGCAUUUGUACAUCCACAUUACAGUUCGGGCUUGAAUGAUAUUGCUCUAAUUUAUAUGCCGCGUGAUAUUCCGUUCUCCAGAACUAUUCGAUCGAUAAACCUUGCUUAUGAAGAUUCAGAAAAUUUUGACGGUAAAUCUGCUUUUGUGAUCGGUUGGGGAAUAGAUCACACGAAUAGCAAAGCUUCGACAAGACUUAAGUACGCCGCAUUGCCGGUUAUUAAAAAUACUGUAUGUAGGCAAUUCUGGUACCAAAUCACUGAGAAAGAGGUUUGCACGGCACCAGGAUUAGGACGAGACGCUUGUCAGGGCGACAGCGGUGGCCCACUCAUUGUAAUUGAAAAUGGCAUGGACAUUCAAAUCGGUAUUGUGAGUUACGGAGAUGCAUAUUGUCCUAGCAAUACACCCGGCGUUUUCACUAGAGUUUCUUCGUAUACAAGCUGGAUUCAUGAAAUUAUGAUGAAAUCGUUUAAUACAGACUAUAUUUUUUGA